UCUACUUUUGUCGCACACUGAAAGGGAGCUGCUGUGUGAGUCUAAUCAGCCUCAAUUCAGUCCUCGGGUCAGGACCUCCACUGUCUGAUAGCAGGAGUCACAGUGAGGAUUUACACAAGUGUGAGGAUCAAGUCAGACUUGGACUCGUUUGUGAAAGUGGAACACCAGCACCGUUUCCCACGGACUAAUCUCCCCAAGAGGGCGGGGGUUGGAUUUUUUUUUUUAAGGGGUACCACUCAUUCACACACACCCCUCCCCAGCAGCAUCCUGGAGCAGGUCUUGUAGUCAUUUCCACUUUAAACAACAGGUUGAGAGACACAGUUCAGAAGCAGUGUGAAGGCGAGUGAAGCCUAUACCAUGCCGAGCAAAAGCCAGUGUCUGCGCCCCCGGCUCUGCACGCUGGAGAAGGGGGAGAACGGCUACGGCUUCCACCUCCACGGGGAGAAAGGCAAGACGGGGCAGUUCAUCCGGUUAGUGGAGCCCGACAGCCCGGCUGAAACCUCUAGGCUCCGCGCCGGAGACCGGCUGGUGUUCGUCAACGGAGAGGACGUGGAGAACGAGAGCCACCAGCAGGUCGUGUCCCGGAUACGAGCCACCGUGGGCCGGCUGGAGCUCGUAGUGGUGGACCCGGACACGGAGCAGCUUCUGAAGAAACACAACAUGAAGUGUCUGAAGGAGUAUGUCACUGACGGUAUCCCGUUACCCUUCGACGAGGAUGAUGAUGAUGAUGAUGAUGAUGAUGAUGAUAAUGAGGAGGAGGUGGUGGUGGUGGUGGUGGCGGCGCAGGACGAGGAGGAUAGGGAGAUGGACGGGACGGUAAACGGGGAUGAGCGGCACGUCAAGGGGGAUGAGGAGCGGGAGGAGACACCCAGGGAGUCCACGCCGGUCCCGGAGAGUAACGGAGAAAUCCACGUGCACGUCGAGAAAAAGCUGAGCAUCAGCUCUGAGAAGGAGGUGUUGUGCGCUGAACUGCGGCCACGUCUCUGUGUGAUCCAGCGAGGGCCAAACGGAUAUGGCUUCAACCUGCACAGUGAGCGGGCGCGUCCGGGCCAGUACAUCAGAGCUGUGGAUGAAGACUCUCCAGCAGAGAGGGCAGGCCUGCUGUCCAAGGACAGGAUAGUACAGGUGAACGGUCUGUCAGUAGAAGGGAAGACACAUUCAGAAGUCGUGGCCGUCAUUAAAGCCGGUGGGAGCGAAGCACGUCUGCUGGUGGUGGACCCUGACACAGACGCCUACUUCAAGAAGUGCAGAGUGGCCCCCACCUUGGACCACCUCACUGGUCCGCUGCCUGAGCCUGUGAUUAACGGAGGAAUGGAGGGGAAGGUGAAUGGUAGAGGGGCCAAAGAGGCAGAGAGGGACUCGACGCUGUCAGUCAGUCCUUCUCCAUCCAAUGCCUCGUCCAACACCUCGCUCACAACCCCGCCCGCUAACACCCCACCUGAGAGUUUCAUCGCAGACGCCAUCCCAGCACUCAACCUGUCCCUGCAACAGGUCAAAGAGCGCGCCCACCAGAAACGCUCCAACAAGAGAGCCCCGCCCAUGGACUGGACCAAGAAAAAUGAACUCUUCAGCAACCUAUAGGACACCUCAGCUCACCACACACACACACACACACACACACACACACAUACAUUUACACACAGAUUUUAUAGUGAUUACAAAGAGACAUCAUAAAGAUAUUUUUUAUUGUCAUGACAUUAAGAGCAGUUUAACUACUGGCAUCGGACAAAUCAAGCCUGUAAAAUAUAGUAUUCUUUUUAUUAUUACUCUUCAUGUUAUUAUAAAACAGAUAUUAUAUAUGUAUAAUGUGCUACUAACAAUGAAAAAUGCAUAUGCCAAUGAGAGAACUGGACCAUGUUGACAAUGUGUGUGUGUGUGUGUGUGUGUGUGUGUGUGUGUGUGUGUGUGUGUGUGUGUGUGUGUGUGUGUGUGCGUGUGCGUGUGUGUGUGUGUGUGUGUGUGUGUGUGUGUGUGUGUGUGUGUUGGUGUGGGUGUGUGUGUGUGUGUGUGUGUGUGUGUGUGUGUGUGUGUGUGUGUUGGUGUGGGUGUGGGUGUGGGGGGGACCCUGACAGUCCCUGCUGGCCAGAGUCUGGUGCCUGUGGAAACCAGGAGGAGUUGAUCGUUAUGCUCAGUUUAUGGCAGUGCUCCUCUGUCUGCUUAUCUGUCUUCUUUCUACUAACACUUAAAACAUCAUAGUGUCUUCAACAACUUGAGUUAAACCAACCCGACAAUCAGUUAAUUAAUAUCUCUAGUUUACCUUUUUAUUAGUUUGUUGGGAUCAAACAUCUGACUUUCAGUUUACACGUUAAAGCCUAAAACUUCCUCACUGAUGGCUUUAAACUGGAAAGAACUGUUUUAAAUAUGGUUCUCUUAUGUAUUGGUUAUGUCUCUCUCAUGUAUAUUUUUUUUUACAUAAAUUCCACUCUCUGAAUUGAAAACGAGUUCAGCUUAAUCGUUUCUUGCAACAGUACUAUCCACACUUUGUCUGAAUACAUGAUAUCAUCUUUUAUUAAAUGUGAACUACAGUUUAUUAUGAGUAACUUAUACCGCGCUCACUUUGCUAUCCCGUCCACUGUGAAUGGCUGUUCAGUUCACAUAUGGAAUAUUUUUAUUGCUCCUGGAGAAAUGAGAUUUUUACACAUUUCUAUCAAUGUCUUAAAAACCAUAAUUAUGUAACUUUGAGAUGAUGUAUUUCUAAAAAAUGCCUGUGCUUCACUAGAUUUAUUGCAUUUGUCCACUAUUGAGAGUAGGGAUUUUUCUAAAUGAAUGAUUUAAUUAUAUGAAGAGUUUUGUUGUAGCUUAUGUGUAAGAGGUAAGCAAUUGCUAUACUGUAAUAAAUCGGUCAUCACAUCAACAUCA